AUUAUAUGCAGUGCGCGCCUACAUAUAUACCUACAAAAAUGUUUGUUGACGUGUCAAGUAUAGUUAUUAGUUUCCACGUUUUACAUGCUUGUCAAAAGUUGUGUAAUAGUUUGUAUAAAAAUUUAGAAAAAUGUUAAAUUUACGGUCAUGAUUUUAUUUCGUUUUAAAAAUAUAUUUAGUAUUAAUCAUCUGUUUUUUCCAAAAUUAUUUUUAUUAAUUCUCAUUUUUGAAAAAAUAACUGUAUUUGUUGAAAGUGAUGGAGAGUCUAACCUUUCAUCUCUCAAUACAACAGCAAAUGCGAGCUCAUCAGAAUUCAUCAAGAAUACUAAUGAUGUGGAAAAAGAAAAUACGAAAAAAAAUUAUACCAAUGUUAAUCAGAAUAUAAUGAUUCAAUCAAUCAAUUUAGCAUCUUCAAAUUUGAUUGGAGCAACAUUGCCUAACAAUUCUAACACAACAGAAACAGUGAACAUUUUAACAACUGAUUUAUCAAGAUCAUUGACUCCAACACAGAAUCUUCUUAAUAUCAGUUUAUCAGAUGUAUUGACGCCUGCAAAAAAUAUAAAUGUAACUAAAACAACACAUAUAAGUAUAAGUACUACUCCUAUUCCUGCUGAACCCAAGUUGCCAGAUCAAGGUUCUGCUGAAGAUGAGCACAAUAGUUCAAUGUCUAUAUUUUUCGUACUCUGUGUCUUAGCAUUAGGUAUCUUAUUAAUACACUUAAUGUUGCAAACCAACUUCCAGUAUUUACCAGAAUCAGUAGUCAUAGUUUUCUUAGGUGGAGUAAUAGGAAUGAUAAUUAAUCUAAUGUCUCAUCAGAAUAUAGCUAAUUGGAAAAAGGAAGAAGCAUUUUCUCCUACAGCAUUUUUUUUAGUAUUAUUACCACCGAUAAUUUUUGAAUCUGGAUACAAUUUACAUAAAGGAAACUUUUUCCAAAAUAUUGGAAGUAUAAUGGUUUUUGCUAUAUUCGGAACUGCCAUUUCUGCUUUUGUAAUUGGAGCAGGAGUUUACCUUUUAGGAGUAGCACAAGUAGCUUAUAAAUUAAAUUUUGUUGAAAGUUUUGCUUUUGGAUCAUUAAUAUCAGCUGUUGAUCCUGUUGCUACUGUAGCUAUUUUUCAUGCACUUGAUGUUGAUCCAGUUCUAAAUAUGUUGGUUUUUGGGGAAUCAAUUUUGAAUGAUGCAAUUUCCAUUGUAUUGACCACAUCUGUUUUGGAGUCUAAUAGUGCAACAACGACAAGUGAAGCAAUCAUUAUGUGUUUCAAUAGAUUUUGCUUAAUGUUCUUUGCAUCUGCUGGACUUGGAGUAGUUUUUGCAUUAAUUAGUGCACUUUUCUUAAAGCAUUUUGAUCUUCGAAAAAAUCCAUCACUGGAAUUUGGAAUGAUGUUAGUUUUUACAUAUGCACCUUAUGUUUUAGCCGAAGGGAUACACUUGUCAGGAAUAAUGGCCAUUCUAUUUAAUGGAAUUGUGAUGUCUCACUAUACUCAUUUCAAUCUUUCAACAGUAACACAAAUAACAAUGCAACAAACUAUGAGAACUUUAGCAUUUAUAGCAGAAACUUGUGUUUUUGCUUACCUAGGAUUGGCACUUUUUAGUUUUAAACAUAAGGUUGAACCAGCUCUAGUCAUUUGGUCCAUAAUAUUGUGCCUUAUUGGAAGAGCAGCAAAUAUAUUUCCUCUUGCUCUGUUAGUUAAUAAAUUUCGCGAACAUCAAAUUACCAGAAAAAUGAUGUUUAUUAUGUGGUUCAGUGGACUGCGGGGAGCAAUUUCUUAUGCUUUGUCACUUCAUUUGAAUUUUAGUGAUGAAACUACUCGACACGUUAUGAUUACAACUACUUUAAUUAUAGUGCUUUUCACAACUUUAGUAUUUGGAGGAUCUACCAUGCCACUAUUAAAAUUUUUACGUGCUGAAAAGAGACAAAAAUGUAGUAGUAGACGUAGGAAAAGAGAAAAAGAAAUUUCUCUAAGUAAAACAAGAGAAUGGGGUCAGGCAAUUGAUUCUGAACAUCUGUCCGAGUUGACCGAAGAAGAGAUGGAAGUUUCAUUCGCUCAGUCGCGAAUACGCGGUUUUGCUCGGUGGGAUCUGAAAUUCUUCAUUCCUUUUUUUACACGUCGAUUUACACAACAAGAACUGAAGGAUUGCAAAUCACAAAUGACAGAUUUGACUAACCAGUGGUAUCAAGCUAUUCGUAUUAGUCCAAUAGAAUCAGAUGACGAGGACAAUGACGACGAUGUUACAACUGUGUCUUCUAUGCAAACGCAAAAUCGCGACUAUUCACUUACCGAAAAUAAAACUAAACCUUAGGCCACAAUGCAAAGACCAUCCUAGUCAUGGUUCUGCACUAAGUUUAUAUAAUAGUUACGACGUUUCAUUUUUUUUUAUUGAUUUUAUAAAACAGCUAAUUCUACUUUUAAGAAAAGUGCCAAGAAAAGUAAUUAGUAUAAUUCUAUUUUUA